AUGGCUGUCCCUUCGUCAAGGAAGUCUGACAACUGCAGUGAUGAACCUACUGGCGACAUCUGUAUACCUCCGGCGAAACUAUUCAGUGAGCUCGACAAUUACAUGGAGGUUCAGUUUGACGAUCGUACAGACGAGGCUUCUACAACAGCCGGUAGAAGACAAGACUGGAAUGGCCAGACUGAUGAAUCCCUGCGCCGUGCAAUGCACUCCUAUGCUGUGCAAUGGUUGCCGGUUCUAGAGCAGAGAAAUCCCACGACCAUGAUUCCCGUCGAGCAUAUUAUUAGGAACAGCUGGCGCGCUACUAGAAGAGACAUGCUCAGAGUCAUGAAUCGCAAAUCUUAUCGGUCUGUUCUAACGCUAUACCUUUUUAGCCAGACUCCAGUCCCAGCAGGGCUGUCCGAGGAGGAGGAACAAGAUGGUAUCAGCGGGCUGGUAUGUGUUCAGACGGCCCUAGUGCAAAUACAACAACUUAGAGAGCGUCUACGGAGUUGUCAAUUCGAUGGCUCCGAGGUUUUGGCCUGGCCAGACUCAGUGUCAAGUCCCAGUCCAACUCGGAAUCUUUCAGAGGCAUUCCUCAAUUUAGAAAGUCGGGCUUAUUGGGCAGCAGUCACCUGGGACACUUCAUGCUCAAUGACCUUGAACUUUCGAUCAUCUCUGAGCUCUGGUCUUAAGGGUGCAUGCUUGGAGACAUCGUGGCGCCUGGCAAGAGGAUUUCUUGUCGGAUCAUUUCAGCCUAGAACUGAAGAGUGGCGGAAGAAGGGUUUCGAGGUAUCUGAUGAUAUUGCCCAAGAGAUUAUGUCUGCCGUGGCAGUGUGCAGGAUUUACACCUGGAGGACUAUUGCAAGUGUAAAGGAAGCCUUGAGGGAGGGAGUAGAGGAGGACAGUGUGCUCUUCUCUUGGAAAGCUCUUCUCGAUGCACUGGGGAUUUUCAAGACCACGAUCCACCCUCUUCUGGACAGUUGUGAGAAACAACUCCACUUCCUCAGCCAGGUAACCCGGUUAUACUGGUACGAGAUGGUCCUGCAUUACUACCUUGGGAUCCUGAUGUUAGUUGACGCACUCGAAUUCGGCCAGCGGUCCGAUCUACUUUCUCAAAUCACCGAAAUGAGACUGGAAGCAGAACAUGGCUGCUUCAACGUCCUGAAGUUUGGUGUCGAGAGCAAGUAUGUCGUGAAUGGCUCCCAAUCAGACGCAAAAGAUGCUUCCGACCAAAUCUCCACGACUCUUCCCUCUGAGCAUCCGAUUGUUACGUCGUUCGUCGCGGUUGAUCCAUAUCCCCAUCACGUGGUCGCCUCCGUCAGGCUGGUCAACAAAGUUAUCAGCCGUAAAUAUCGACAAGGCAACACCAAGUACGAGGCCUAUUCCCACCUCUCAUCUACAUUGCUUAAGACUCUAGCAGAACUGCCGCCAAGUUCUAAGGCUGUGCUAUCCGCCCGUCAGAACCUACAAGAGUCAAUAGAUCAUCUUGAGACAGGCUCUGUCACUGAUGUUUCAUGUGCAGACUAG